GCAUCCAGAAGCCAAGACAGGUCGUUUAAUUGGAACUUUGGCUGUAUUUUAGGGUUAAAUAAGGUCAAACAGGUAGAGAAACUUCUGGGUCAUUCUCCUUGGCGGCACGACCAGACAGACAGUAGGCGUCAUCGUGUUUUUUUGGAUGUUGUGACGGCGCAAACCGGUGAACAGCCAAUGAGUCAGCAGCUGAACAGAGUUAAAUUUGCCUAACAACCUAUAUAUAACGAUAACUGUUCGAGGGGAAAGCAUCUGCCCAGAGAUCACCAAGUGUUUACGAAGUGUUUGGUCAAAUAGCUAACAAUGGCAGUUCCAGCAACUGUCCCGAUUCAACUGAGCUCACCAUCUCCUCGUCUACUGGAUCACAAAAUUCACGAAAGAGAGUUGGGAAGAAUGACAAAAAACAUUGAUGUUGAUACCCUGCCCUUACAUUCACCAUGGACAUUUUGGCUUGACAGAUCUUUACCUGGAACAACAGCUGCUGAAUGCGAAUCCAACUUGAAGAAAAUCUACACGGUUGACACUGUUCAGGAUUUUUGGAGAGUUUACAACAACAUCCCCAGUGUCCCAAGCUUGCCUUUACGCUGUAGCUAUCAUCUGAUGAGAGGGGAAAGAAAACCACUAUGGGAAGAAGAAAGUAAUGCUAAAGGUGGUGUGUGGAAAAUGAAAGUACCAAAGGAAUACACGGCUGUGGUGUGGAAGGAGCUUUUACUGGCCACCAUUGGCGAACAGUUCAGUGAUUAUUGUGCUAAAGACGAUGAGGUGGUUGGAGUUAGUGUCAGUGUCAGGGACAGAGAAGACGUUGUUCAGGUCUGGAACGGAAAUGCCACCUAUGUGAACGAGUCUACCGUUCUAGGAAAGAUCUACCAGCUUCUCCCACAAAUCUCAUUUAAAGCAGUCUUUUACAAACCCCAUAUGGAACACCAUGCCUUUGAAGGAGGUCGAUCAAGACAUUAGCAGGUUUUUUGUCACACUUGGUGGUAGUUUAUUUGACUUUGGCCCCAGUAACCAUAACACAUUUGUAGAUGUGUUUUUAAGUAUUGUUCAAAAUUGUAUUAUAGACUAGCAUUGUAAUAGUUUUUUCUGUUUCCUGUCAGGUUGUUUAUUCUAAACAUCUUUAUUUUAGGUAAAAACACUGACAGUUUUUCUGUAUUUGUAAUCUUUGCAUACUCCAGCCAAAGCAACAGAUAUGUACAUCAGCUCUGUAAUAUAGCUACUUGUACAGUUUCUUGAGACAAAUCUAGCACUUUUUAUUUUUCAUUUUUAUCGAGUUCAAAUAAGAUAACUUUUUCAAACACACUGAAAAGUACCCUGUGAGGUCAGAUGUUUUCAGGCUUUCUAUGUUACUGUCUAAUAUUUGUAUCUACUGUAUUGAUCAUGGUGAAAAAGCCAUUGCACAUUAGAAUUAAGAGUUUUAUUAUGCACCUACAAAAUAACCCCUUUAGGUAAGAUUUUUAUUUUAUUUUUUUCGUAAAUGAUGCACUUUCUUUUUAACUACCUUGUUUUUAUUGAUGGGAGAUUAUACUUUUGCCUUUUUUGAGUAGAGAGAUUAUUUACAUUUAUUAGCUAUCUGAAUUUAAAAAACGCUAAGAUUCCCUUGCAAAAUUCUAUAGUCAUACAAAAACUGUAAUUGUCAUGUCAUUUCAUUUUAUCAUUUCAUUUCACUACUUCAGGAUUUUUAAUUGGUUGUAUACAAUCUGUUUAUGAGGACAACAAUCACUAGUAUUUGUGUUGUAAGAAUACUAACUGCUGAUGUAUGUCUGUACUUUCUGAAAGCGAAAAGAAGUCUUAAUGUUUUUGAAAUAAUUUGACUAGAAAAAGUUGCAUUGCUUUGGUAUUUGACCUUCAUUGUUGUGUAAUGUUUAAAGGCACAUACUGUACUGUUGUACAGGUAGAAAUCAUUGUGUACUCUACUGAACCUUUGCACAUGUACAGUUGCCUGCUCAUCAAGAUCUCGGACCUUGGAAGCUGACUUUGAAUUGUGCCUUGUGUUUUGCAGUCUUUUAGAAUGUAAAUUUGUCAAACUCGUCUUAUGUAACUCUUCCUUUUUAUGUUUUACACGUUUCUAUAAUAAAGAACUGUUAUGUUCACAAAGUAA